ACACCAACAACUACACCCACAUCCACACCCACAACUUCAACUACUUCCACAACUACACCCACAUCUACACCCACAACAUCAACUAUACCAACAACUACACCCAUAACUACACCCACAUCUACACCCACAACUUCAACUACACCUACAACUACACCUAAAUCUACACCCACCCCCACAUCUACACCAACAACUUCAACUACACCCACAACUUCAACUACACCCACAACUAUACCUACAUCUACACCCACAACUUCAACUACACCCACAACUACACCUACAACACCCACAUCUACACUCACAACUUCAACUACACCCACAACUACACCUACAUCUACACCCACAACUUCAACUACACCCACA